AGGAAGAAGGGGGGUGGGGACAGGAGAUGGUGAGCAGAUCGGUGUAGACAACCAUGGAGCACAUCUCCACCCCAAAGGUGGAGAAUGUUAAAUUGUUAGACAGAUAUACCAACAAGAGGCCUGCCAAUGGUACCUUAUACCUGACUGCCACUCACCUUAUUUAUGUUGAUGCCACUGCUGGAGUCCGUAAGGAAACUUGGAUUGCUCACCACCACAUUGCUUCUGUCGAGAAACAGCCGCUCAGCACAAUUGGUUGUCCACUAAUAAUUCAUUGCAAGAAUUUCCGCUUGGCACAUUUCAUCAUCUUGCGGGAACGGGACUGUCAUGAAGUUUACACGUCAUUGCUCAAGCUGUCACAGCCAGUGAAAUAUGAAGAACUGUAUGCAUUUUCCUACAAUCCCAAGGCGGAUCAAGAUGAGCGGCUUAUGGAUUGGAAGUUAAUUGACCUGAAAAUGGAAUACACGCGUAUGGGAAUCCCUAAUGAUUACUGGGUGUUUAGUGAUAUCAAUGAAGAUUUUAAGAUUUGCAGUACUUACCCAACUUGUGUGGUUGUGCCUAAAGAAGCCUCUGAAGCUACAAUAAUUGGAAGCUCAAAGUUUAGAAGUAGGGAACGGUUUCCCGUGUUGUCUUACUAUUACAAAGAAAACAAUGCUGCUAUUUGCAGAUGUAGCCAGCCUCUCUCUGGCUUCAGUACUCGCUGUGUGGAAGAUGAGAAGAUGCUGGAUAUAAUCAGCAAAGCCAACCCAGGCAGCACCUUUAUGUAUGUUGUAGACACAAGGCCCAAGCUGAAUGCAAUGGCAAACAGGGCUGCAGGGAAGGGUUAUGAAAAUGAAGACAAUUAUCCCAACAUCCAUUUCCAGUUUAUUGGGAUUGAGAAUAUCCAUGUGAUGAGAGGAAGCCUGCAAAAACUCCUAGAGGCUUGUGAACUGAAGAGUCCAUCCAUGAGUAGUUUCCUUACCAUCCUGGAGAACUCUGGCUGGUUACGGCACAUUAAAGCUAUAAUGGAUGCUUCAGUUUUUCUAGCAAAAGCAUUAAGAAAAGAUAACACCAGUGUGUUGGUACACUGCUCAGAUGGCUGGGAUCGCACAGCACAAGUGUGCUCGCUCGCUAGCAUCCUCCUGGAUCCAUUUUACAGAACUAUAAAAGGUUUCAUGGUACUCAUUGAAAAGGAAUGGAUAUCCCUGGGACAUAAAUUUGCUCAAAGAUGUGGCCAUUUAGAUGUUGAUCCUAAAGAAGUGUCACCGGUAUUCACACAGUUUAUCGAGUGUGUGUGGCACUUAAUGGAACAAUUCCCUUGUGCCUUUGAAUUCAGCGAGAAAUUGCUGCUAGAAAUUCAUGAUCAUGCCUACUCAUGUCAAUUUGGAAACUUUCUUGGGAAUUCUCAGAAAGAACGCUUGGAACUUAAAAUUUAUGAAAAUACCCAUUCACUAUGGCCAUUUCUGCUACAACGGAAGCAGGAGUUUGUGAAUCCCUUAUAUAUUCCGAAUGCUUAUAAAACGAUUCAGCCAAUUACACUUCCAUUCUACUUCAAGUUCUGGUGUGGAAUGUACAAUCGUUUUGACAGUGGAAUGCACCCAAGACAAUCUGUGCUGGAUUACCUACUUGAAUGUAUAAACAGGAGUACAACCUUAGAAACACGUGAAACUGCAAUGGAAGAUAAACUUCUUAAGCAAGGCAGCCCCCUUCAAGACCCUUUAACAGUGCCAAAACACUUUAACCCUGCUUCAGGACUGGAGGACCUAGCUGAUGAACUUCUCCUGGAUGGUAAUAAAGGGUACCCAGUAGCUCACCUCUCCAAUGGUUCAGUGGCAAACAGUGACAAUGUUUUAUGUAAGAAAAAUGAAAUGACGGAGGAGCGGCAUGGAAACAACAUCUAUAGCCUUGCAGACUCACAGGACAGAAGUUCAUCUGAUAACCACGCUCUAUCUUCCACUGAGACUAGUGGGACUGCCAGUGCUACUGCAUCACAGCAGUUACCAAAAGGAAUGUAAAGAACAAAACCUAUCACUUUUAAUAAUUGGAAAAGGGAGAAUGACUGCUUAAAGCUAAUAUCUAGUAAGCUUUGCUGAAUGUACACCACCAUGUUUUGCUGCGCUGUUCACAAAGAU